ACUGUAUAUUUAUAUCCUUAUGCAUAAGGUCUGAUGCUACUGCACGACCGCUCUCCCCGGAAGUUCACAGCUUGGGGAAGUACGGGAGAUAGAAAGAUGUUAGGAUUAUCACAGUAUUUGCUGUAUGACUAUAGGGCUCAAGGACACAGAGCCGACACCUUGCAACACAAUGUGGCAAAAAUCAAUCUCUGCAGCAUCCCCUUCAGAAAAAUAAUCAAUAGGAAUUCUACAAGUCCUCAUAAAUAUGCUGUAUGCUGAAAAUAAUCCAUGCUUGGUCAAGUGGCAUAAUAUUUAUGAUUGUUUCACCUUGCCAUAUCUGUGGCUUCGUUUGUUGUUUCGUUAUAAAGACGGAGCUACAGUAUAUUCAAAGCAAAGGCUUGACUGGAAUUAUACAUGUGUCCUCAUAGUACAGUGAUGUGGAUGUAGGGUUAUCAGAGAUAAUUUGCUGGAUUCUUGGAAAUUGAAUAGAAAGGUAAUUAUUGGCAUAAGAGGAGAGGAGAGAGAUUGGAAAAGUAUUGGUCAGGUUGAGGCCAUGAUGGAGUACAAGGAUCUGGGAUUUGUCCUAGUCCUCUUCCUCUCGAUCUGCCAUGGUGGGGGGCUGCCGGGGGUCACAGGGCAGUGGACCAACUUUGCAAGGGGCAAUUUCUUUCAAGAUAAGUUCUGUGAAAUCUUCUGCCCGAAAGACGACACUCGGCCAAGGCUUACUUUAACGGACGAACAGAUUGAGACCAUUCUCAACAGCGAAGAGAUUAUCAAGAUGCUGGAAGAAAACCCAGAGCUACUGCAUGGUGAUGAAGAGCUAGAAGGGGCCUGCGUGAUCCAAUUCAAUAGAGACCAGAGGGACUCCAUACUGGCCCAGUACGGGGGGUUCUUCUCCACCAGGAAAGAGGCAAAUGAGCUGGAGGAAACAGCAACACGGGUCAACGUCCCUUCAAAGCCACUUUUAGACCCGGCGGAUCAAGAGAAACUGGACGAUUUUCUGGAGAAUAAUCCGGGAAGAACAGCUGAUGAGGAUGCAGGUGCGAUGCGAAUGAGUGCGGUACCAGAAGUCGGUACUUCUGGUGAACAACAGGAAAAGACCCAUGACAGUAUCUUGAGUUAUUACAGAGGUAGCAGUAGCAGUGGCAGUGGCAGCUACGAAUGGAGUAAUUCUGGCUCUUCUGGUAGCAGUGGAAGCGACUCAAGGCGGCGGAGAAAGAGACGAGGUGCUAACACUGUUGGGGAUUCCCACAAGACACUCAAAGACCAGCCUCGAGAUGUGAAAUUGCUAAGUGAUAUCAGCGUGAAAAAUUCAAUAAGGAAAAGAUCCCUAAGGAGCAGGACCCGGUCAAAUGGUGCAGCUCGAGUCAAGAGGGGCCCUACUUCUGCUCCUCUGUGUGAAAGUAUAAUAGAUGCAAAGGCCAUUGACAUUGCAUUAACAUCGGACAAUAAGCUGGUACAACUUCCUCAGUUCAGCGAGAUUGGACUGAACCAGUGGUUCCUGACGGAAACCUGUAAAUACCCAUAUUCCCUGGUCCAUGAGGAUGUGGGCUGCUACAGUACAACCCGCGGCCACAAGGCCCUCGCAGUGGAUCUAUCGGUGGACCCCACGGAAAACAACUCCACGAUCUUUGAGGGCAUCAUUAUGGUAGAGAGCUGCAAGGCUUUUAUUUCCGGAGCAGAGGAAGUAAAUGUCCAAGAGGGUACCAGCAGCAAUAGCAGCAGCACUAACAGCACCACCACCUAAAGUCCUCAACUUCUCAAAUCUAGCCAGGUUCCUUCCCCAUAAUGCAUUGUUCUCAGCAGUGUAGUCUUGUAGUAUAUAAUUCACUACUUAAACCAUUCGUAUCACAGUAAUUAUGUUUCCAAGUAUGAUUCAAACAUGUUCUUCUCAUGAACAUUUUGGUUUCUCUAUACAAAUAAGGCUUAUUUAUUCUCUGUAUUAUUAAUGGUUAUCUCAAAAGGUUUAUUGUAGGACUAGCAAUUAAAGGUCAAGUCCAUCUCAGAAAAAUAUAGGGAAAAAAUCAGACAAGCAUAACAUUGAAUAUUUCAUCAAA